CGUUUCAUUCAUUCUCACUCUCAAAAAUCUCUCUCCUCUCUCAAUUCUCUCCUCAUCACAUUGCAAGCACCCCACCACACACUCCUUCGUUAAUUCAUCAACAAAAGAAAAAAAAAACCAAUCUCUGUUCACUUUUGUUUCAUCCCAAAGCUCUUAACUUUUCCUUUCAUCCAGAAGCGUUGAAACUCUCUCUUUCUCUCUCUCUCUCCCCCUUUCUCCCUCUGCAUUUCUCUUUCCACCGAUGGUGCUGAUUGAGUCUCAGGAAUCGUUGGUGUCUCUGAUACGUAAUCACCAUCUCUUCCCUUUCUCUCUUAAUCGAUCGGUGGCGAUCGUAAUGCCACUAAUCGCAAACUUAUUGAGCAUGUGAAUUUUGUUCUGGAUUCUCUGUUUUUUUUUCCUCUUUAUUCCGUUUUUCCCCCAAUUUUUGGUUGCGUAUUCAGGGCAACUGCACUUGUCAAAUUUGGUUACUCUGAUCUUUGAACAACACACCUAAAAAAGAAGAAUAGUUAUAAAAAGAAAAGAUUUUUACGCUUACCGAUGAAUAAUUGAUUGAAACAAAUUGGUUCUAAUUUGCAAGUCCCCUGUUUCUGGGUUUUUGCUAGCUAUGGAGGGAGAUUAUGAUAUGUUCCUUCGUUUUGAUUGCUAUGAUCUCACUUUGAUGAAUCAUGAUGAGUUCACGUGAAGGAGGGGUUUCACAAAUUUGGUUGCAAAUUUGUAAAUUUUCCUUUUACUUUUUGUUUUGGAAUAUACCUUUCAUUAAGGGGAAUGAUUACUGUUACUUCUCCUCAAAGUUUUCGUCUUUCAAUUCAGCUUCACAUAUACAUCCCCUUAUUUAAUGCUUUUUCUCUUCACCUGAGUCAUCUAAAAUCCGAAUCAUCUGUUUCAUGAAAUGAUCGGUGAUGAUUUUAUUACCUUUUUUAUUUUUUCAAUUAAUUUUUUUGAAGUGAUUUUCUGUGUUUCUGAUCAUAGGAGAUAAAAAAACCAGUUUCAUGAUUCUAAGUGUCUAAACCAAUUGCAUGGCCUCUGGUGCUUGUAAUUGAUAGUGUUUUUACCAAAUGGAAGUAGUUGGUCCUAUGAUUCAGAAUUUUUCUUUUUUUGUUUUUUUUUUUUGUUUCUUAAACUGUGUCACAUAAUGAGUUUAUGCAAGUAUGUUUUUUCUUUGUAGGUUUGAGACCUGAGAUUUGCUAGUCAAUUAUAUUUUUGAGAAGUUUAGAUCAUUUCCACUGCAAAAAGUUUGGGCACUGCAAAAGGUUUCUUGGCAGUGCCCAAUGGAUGCCACAACAAGCGGAACCCCAACUAUACAAUACCAUCAUAACAUCCCUGACCAGCCAAUCACAACUGCCAUUGUUGUUGCCACACCAAUUCCAACAUUUCAAAGGCAGCAACGCCAUUGCUUCGGGGACGCGUCCCCGGGGGAGUUUCCCUUGUCUGCUAACCCCUCCAUUGUCCUUCAUGUCCUCACAGCAUGUAAUUUGGACCCUCAAGACCUUGCCAAACUAGAGGCAACAUGCUCUUUCUUCAGGCAGCCAGCAAACUUUGCCCCUGAUUUCGAUUUGUCCUUGUCGGAGAUUGCUGCGCUGGACAUGUGUCAAAAGAGGGCCAUAUUUAAGCCAAUGUCCACAGAACAAAGGGAAGAUUUGAAGCGAAGAUGUGGAGGCUCAUGGAAGUUGGUGCUGAGGUAUUUGCAAGCCGGAGAAGCAUGUUGCCGGAGGGAGAAGUCACAGGCAAUAGCAGGUCCUGGUCAUAGCAUUGCUGUGACGUCAAAUGGAGUUGUUUAUUCAUUCGGUUCCAACAGUUCAGGACAACUAGGGCAUGGCACCACUGAGGAGGAAUGGCGGCCUCGGCCGAUAAGAACCUUGCAAGGCAUUCGAAUUAUACAAGCUGCUGCUGGUGCUGGGAGGACCAUGUUGAUAAGCGAUUUGGGGCAAGUUUAUGCAUGUGGCAAAGAUUCUUUUGGGGAAGCCGAGUAUGGAGGUCAAGGGUCUAAAAUGGUUACAGCUCCACAAUUAGUAGAGUCUUUAAGAAACAUAUUUGUUGUACAGGCUGCAAUUGGGAAUUUUUUCACAGCUGUGUUAUCAAGAGAAGGAAGGGUUUAUACAUUUUCUUGGGGUAGUGAUGGAAAACUUGGACACCACACCGAUCAAAGUGAUGUGGAACCCCAUCCUUUAUUAGGAGCUCUGGAAGAUAUUCCAGUGGUGCAAAUUGCUGCUGGAUAUUGCUACCUUCUUUGUCUGGCUUGUCAACCUAGUGGAAUGUCUGUAUACUCAGUUGGUUGUGGCCUGGGAGGCAAGCUUGGACACGGUUCAAGAACUGAUGAGAAGUACCCUCGUUUGAUCGAACAGUUCCAGUUGUUAAACCUUCAACCAAUGGUGGUUGCUGCUGGUGCAUGGCAUGCUGCUGUUGUAGGACGGGAUGGCCGAGUGUGCACAUGGGGAUGGGGCCGUUAUGGUUGCUUGGGGCAUGGGAAUGAAGAAUGUGAAUCAGCACCUAAGGUUGUGGAAGCAUUGAGUAAUGUCAAAGCUGUUCAUGUUGCAACGGGAGAUUACACAACCUUUGUAGUGUCUGAUGAUGGUGAUGUGUAUUCAUUUGGCUGUGGGGAAUCUGCUAGUCUUGGACACAAUGCUGGAAUCGACGAACAGGGCAACAGACAUGCAAAUGUGUUGAGUCCGGAGCUCGUAACAUCGCUGAAACAGAUCAAUGAAAGGGUGGUACAAAUUAGCUUGACGAAUUCCAUAUAUUGGAAUGCUCACACCUUUGCCCUAACCGAAUCUGGAAAGCUGUACGCAUUUGGGGCCGGAGACAAAGGACAGCUAGGAAUUGAGCUUGUUGCAAACCAAACCGAAAGGGGAAAUCCAGAAAGGGUCGACAUCGAUCUUGGUUAAAUUGUUUGUGCCUGCACCACUAGCUUUCAAAUUCUUUUGAAUCAUGCCAUUCUCUAAUUUAUGGUAACCAUGCACAGGUUUAGUGUUUUAAGUUUCAGUUUCUACUUUGUAAAUAUAAUCAAAGAAUGCACUCAGAAGGUCCAAAGUAGGUAAACAACUAACAAGGGCCUUUAACUUAUGUUUUAUGGGUUGUUGAUAUUUCUCGUAGGAUUGUUCUGCACGUUGAUAGAUGAUACAUUUGUGAAGGUUUAUUUUCAGUGUUAGUUGUUGUCUUCAAUUGUUUCUCA